GUCACGCGCGCUCCCAGGACCCGACAGAGCUGGCAGGAGUGGUCUCCGCAGCUUCCGCCGUCGCGUCGCUUCGGGGCUCGGCGAGUGGGUUCGCGCUGCCUCCGCUGCGGUGGGGCAGCCGGGGCUCACGGAGCCGAGCGUGGGGCGCGCGGCGACGCGGCCAUGGGACUGCGCCGGCUCUGGUGACAGCGGGGAGCGGAGCGGCCCGGGCCCUGAGCGCGUCUCCUGCGGGGGGCCUCGCCCUCCUGCUCGCGGGGCCGGGGCUCCUGCUGCCUUUGCUGGCUUUGCUGCUGGCGGCGGCGGCGGCCCGGAUCAUGUCUGGCCGCCGCUGCGCCGGCGGGGGCGCGGCCUGCUCGAGCGCGGUGGCGGAGGCCGUAGAGCCGUCCGCCCGCGAACUGUUCGAGGCUUGCCGCAACGGGGACGUAGAGCGAGUGAAGAGGCUGGUGACGCCCGAGAAGGUGAACAGCCGCGACACGGCGGGCAGGAAGUCCACCCCGCUCCACUUCGCCGCAGGUUUUGGUCGGAAGGAUGUAGUUGAGUAUCUGCUUCAGAAUGGUGCAAAUGUGCAAGCCCGUGAUGACGGAGGUCUUAUUCCUCUUCAUAACGCAUGCUCUUUUGGUCAUGCUGAAGUAGUCAAUCUUCUUUUGCAACAUGGUGCAGACCCAAAUGCCCGGGAUAAUUGGAAUUAUACUCCUCUCCAUGAAGCUGCAAUUAAAGGAAAAAUUGAUGUUUGCAUUGUGCUUUUACAGCAUGGAGCUGAGCCAACCAUCCGAAAUACAGAUGGAAGGACAGCAUUGGAUUUAGCAGACCCAUCCGCCAAAGCUGUUCUGACCGGUGACUAUAAGAAAGAUGAACUCUUGGAAAGUGCCAGGAGUGGCAAUGAGGAGAAAAUGAUGGCUCUGCUUACACCACUGAAUGUCAACUGCCAUGCAAGUGAUGGCAGAAAGUCAACUCCAUUGCAUUUGGCAGCAGGAUACAACAGAGUAAAAAUUGUCCAACUGUUACUGCAACAUGGAGCAGAUGUCCAUGCUAAGGAUAAAGGUGAUCUGGUACCAUUACACAACGCCUGCUCCUACGGUCAUUAUGAAGUAACUGAACUUCUGGUCAAGCAUGGUGCCUGUGUAAAUGCAAUGGAUUUGUGGCAAUUUACUCCUCUUCAUGAGGCAGCUUCUAAGAACAGGGUUGAAGUGUGUUCUCUUCUCCUAAGUUAUGGGGCAGAUCCAACCCUGCUGAACUGUCACAAUAAGAGUGCUAUAGACCUGGCCCCCACAGCACAGCUGAAGGAAAGAUUAUCGUAUGAGUUUAAAGGCCAUUCAUUGCUGCAAGCUGCACGAGAAGCUGAUGUUACAAGAAUCAAAAAACAUCUUUCUCUGGAAAUGGUGAAUUUCAAACAUCCUCAAACACAUGAAACAGCACUGGUUAAUGCUUUGGACAGUCUUGGACAGACAUCCUUACACAGAGCUGCACACUGUGGUCAUCUGCAGACUUGCCGCCUUCUCCUGAGCUAUGGGUGCGAUCCAAACAUCAUCUCCCUUCAGGGUCUCACUGCCUUGCAAAUGGGAAAUGAGAACGUGCAGCAGCUGCUUCAAGAGGGCGUCUCACUAGGUCACUCAGAGGCAGACAGACAGUUGCUGGAGGCUGCAAAGGCUGGUGAUGUAGAAACUGUAAAGAAACUCUGUACUGUUCAGAGUGUCAACUGCAGAGACAUUGAAGGACGGCAGUCAACCCCACUCCAUUUUGCAGCUGGGUACAACAGAGUGUCUGUGGUAGAGUAUCUCCUGCAGCACGGAGCUGACGUACAUGCUAAAGACAAAGGAGGUCUUGUUCCUUUGCACAAUGCAUGUUCUUACGGACACUAUGAAGUUGCAGAACUUCUUGUCAAGCAUGGAGCAGUAGUUAAUGUAGCUGACUUAUGGAAGUUCACACCUCUACAUGAAGCUGCAGCAAAAGGAAAAUAUGAAAUAUGCAAACUUCUGCUCCAGCAUGGUGCAGACCCUACAAAGAAAAAUAGAGAUGGUAAUACUCCUCUGGAUCUCGUUAAAGAUGGAGACACAGAUAUUCAAGAUCUACUUAGAGGAGAUGCAGCCUUACUAGAUGCUGCCAAGAAGGGUUGUUUAGCCAGAGUGAAGAAAUUAUCUUCACCUGAUAAUGUAAAUUGCCGUGAUACCCAAGGUCGACAUUCUACACCUUUGCAUUUGGCAGCUGGUUAUAAUAAUUUGGAAGUUGCUGAAUAUUUGUUGCAACAUGGAGCUGAUGUGAAUGCCCAGGACAAAGGAGGACUCAUUCCAUUACAUAAUGCAGCAUCAUAUGGACAUGUAGACGUAGCAGCUUUACUGAUAAAGUACAAUGCGUGUGUCAAUGCCACGGACAAAUGGGCUUUCACACCGUUACAUGAAGCAGCCCAAAAGGGACGGACACAGCUUUGUGCUUUAUUGUUGGCCCAUGGAGCUGAUCCUACUCUUAAAAAUCAAGAAGGACAAACACCUUUAGACUUAGUUUCAGCAGAUGAUGUCAGCGCUCUCUUGACAGCAGCCAUGCCCCCCUCUGCUCUGCCUACGUGCUAUAAACCUCAAGUGCUCAGUGGCGUGAGGAGCCCCGGAGCCACUGCAGACGCCCUGUCUUCAGGUCCGUCCAGUCCAUCCAGCCUUUCUGCAGCCAGCAGCCUCGACAACCUCGCUGGCAGUUUUUCUGAACUGUCUGCAGUAGUUAGCUCAAGUACAACGGAAGGUGCUACCGGUUUGGAAAGAAAAGAGGAUUCAGGAAUAGAUUUUAGUAUAACUCAGUUCAUAAGGAACCUUGGACUUGAGCAUUUAAUGGACAUAUUUGAGCGAGAACAGAUCACCUUGGAUGUACUGGUUGAGAUGGGCCACAAAGAGCUGAAAGAGAUUGGAAUCAGUGCGUAUGGACAUCGACACAGGCUCAUUAAAGGGGUCGAAAGACUGAUCUCUGGACAACAAGGUCUUAAUCCAUAUUUAACUCUAAACAACUCUGGUAGUGGAACAAUUCUCAUAGAUCUGUCUCCUGAUGAUAAAGAAUUUCAGUCUGUGGAAGAAGAGAUGCAAAGUACUGUUCGAGAGCACAGGGAUGGAGGUCACGCAGGCGGCAUCUUCAACAGAUACAGUAUUCUCAAGAUUCAGAAGGUUUGUAACAAGAAAUUGUGGGAAAGAUAUACACACCGGAGAAAAGAAGUUUCUGAAGAAAACCACAACCAUGCAAAUGAAAGAAUGUUAUUUCAUGGGUCUCCCUUUGUGAAUGCGAUAAUCCAUAAGGGCUUUGAUGAGAGGCACGCCUACAUAGGGGGCAUGUUUGGAGCUGGGAUCUAUUUUGCUGAGAACUCUUCCAAAAGCAAUCAGUAUGUGUAUGGGAUUGGAGGUGGCACUGGAUGUCCAGUUCACAAAGACAGAUCGUGUUACAUUUGUCACAGGCAGCUGCUCUUUUGUCGCGUGACCUUGGGAAAGUCUUUCCUGCAGUUCAGUGCAAUGAAAAUGGCGCACUCUCCUCCCGGCCAUCACUCAGUCACUGGCCGGCCCAGUGUGAAUGGCCUAGCUUUAGCUGAAUAUGUUAUUUACAGAGGAGAGCAGGCUUACCCUGAAUAUCUAAUUACUUACCAGAUUGUAAGGCCUGAAGGUAUGGGUGAUGGCUGAAACCAGUUCUCCCAAACAUAGUGUCCUGAAGCGCUGACGGCCUCUUAAGUUUCACUCCUUGGCGGGAAAAGAUUCAUCCUGACUACAGGCCUGUGGCAGAAACAAAAUGUGAAAGACACCUCAUGUUGUGACUUGGUGAAGCUUUAACAGUGUACAGUGUUUCCGAGUGUUUCCUGUCUCAGCACUUUAACAGAUGCCAUUCCAGGUUCAACUGGGUCUGUCUGUCCUAAAUUAUAAACAGUUAACUUGAAUCUUUUAUACGUCAUGCAUUGAUUCUAACAAAAAUGGUAAUCCCUCAACAGAACUCAUUUUACUAAUCAGUACUGUGUUCUUUAAAACACAGCAUUUACACUGAAGACAGUUUCAUUUGUAAAAUGUAAAUAAGAGCUUUUGUACUAGCCCGGUAUUUAUUUACAUUGCUUUGUACUAUAAACUGUUCUAGAGCUGCAGGUUUACAGAGUAUUUUCAUAUGUGUUGCUCAUCUGUGUUUCAUCUGUCGUCACCUGAGUGAUCGCUACGUUGGAUUCCAGAGGCUGCUCAGUUGCUAACAGAGUUAGUGGGGAGACAUCAACUUAAUAAGUUCAAUUUGCUGAUGAAAGAAUUUCUCUAUCAAUAGAAAUCUUUCACGUAAGAAUUUUAUAAAUACUCUGGGAAUUUUAUUGGUGAUGCCUUUGUGUCUACAGGGCACACGUUCCAGAGAGCUCUGGUGUGAAGUGAUGGGGGACUUGUGGCUAGAGAAGCUUUUCAAUGGCCUUAAACUCUGGGUCCUGCUUGAGAGAGGUCUGAGGUUCUCAACAUCAGAGCAGAGCUUCCACCAAGCUUUCAGAAUGCUAAGCCCCCACUUCUCAACACUUAGUGCUCUGAUCAUGAAUUGUGAGUGGAAGUUACAUUUGGUACUGGGGAAGGCAAUCAUGGGUAUUUCCAAUCAGAUCUAAUUACCUUAAAUCUAAAAUGGAGGGGUAGGGAUAGCAAGUGGGAGUGGAUAGUUUUUUUACUUUCUAAGUUUUCUUGAUCUUAUGGUUAUGUUUAUAGCCAGUGUAUUUAUCACGAGUAAACACAACCCAAAAUCAUAGGUGUGAGUGUAUGUGUCUGUGGGUAACCUCUGGAAAGGGCAAGCCCUGCGCUUCCUACUUCUGUCAAGGCAUUCGGCCCAGUUGGAAAAACACUGUCACAGGCUUAAGUUCAGUAUGGCAGCUGUGGAAGAAGUCACUUUCCAUGAAAGGCCAUUUUUACUGUUCUCUAACGUAUCUCUAAUGUAAGCCUUACACUUACUAUCUUAUCUUGCAUUGCACAGAGAUCUGUCUUACUGCACGGCAGUGCACUCAGAAAUCAGAGAUUUUUACCCACCUAAGCUUUUGUGAAUGAGGAUGUCCUCUUCACUCUCUUUACCACUUUAUCUUUGUUUUAUAUUUGAUUUGGUCUCUUAAUUACCUGGUCCUUUAUACAAACUUGUACAUAGAGUUGCUCGAAAGUUAAGCUUAACCAUCCUAUGAGUUAAGAGAAUUAUAUGUCUGGAGUUGUUCCUAAGAUGUGAAUUGUGGUCAAGGGUUAAGAGGUCAAAUCCUAACCUGGAAAUGCUUUUAUACAGCUCUCUGCUAACUACAAACAUCCUAAAACCAUUUCUUGAAUAUAAAAGGAGUAUGCCAAAUUUUAUAUAAAAUUUUCAGGUUCUGUAAGCUUCUGGGUUUUAUAGUUAAAAGAUAAUGAAAUUAAUUGAUGGGGUUUAUAUUUACGUACUUCUAAGGUUGGCCUAUGUUACUCUGUGUAUGGAUCUGGAAUUGUUUUUCAUGUAAAAUCAUGGUCUGGUUAUGAGCUGUGUUACCUCCUAACCCCAUUGCUUACGUGUUUCCACUGUGGUCAAUACGCUGGCAUGGCAAUGUUUAUUGGGAGCUGGGAGUUUGGGGGUGUGGUUUAGUGCUUUGCAUGAAAUACCUUACUUUAUAAUGAUGAAAUUGCUUUUUCUUUUGCCUUGUGAUUUUUUUUUUUGAAGUGAAAUUUAGUUUGUGUGUGUGUGGUGAUCUGCCCAUCGGAGUGUCUCCUUGUAUCACAUUCCAUGCCUCACUUAACUCUUAAUAAACUGUUUACUUGUUUUAUGGGUAGCAUGGUAAUUCAUUGAGAUUGCAGUCAAUCGUUAUUGCAAGAGAACAGAGUGUAGUUUUGAGUCUGAUUGUGACAGGGUGCAACAUAAAUGUAAAAUGUUGAAUGUUGUGGCCAUACUUAACUCAGUUGCUUCCUGAUGAAGGUAACAUGUGUCUGGGCGGCUACACCAUCUAGUAUGACUUUGGUAGUCCUUAAAAUUCACCCAUGAAAUCAGUCUGCUUAACUUAUAAAGAGAAAUAUAUUUUUGGUUUUUAUGUCAUAAAAACAUUCUUGAUAAGUUUCCAAAUCCCAGUUAGUCAUAUUUUUUUUCUCUAAAAGGAAAAAAAAUUAGUGUAUUUUAUAUUUCCAUAUGCUAAUGACCUGUAUGUAAUUAGUCCUUGGUGUUCCACAAGAAGAGUCUCAUCGAAGUCGAUAUAAGCUGCUUUACCCUCCUGCUUCUUUUAAGAUGAUACUGAAGUGUUUGCUUGCUAUUUGCUGAGCGUGCAUGCCCACGUAUGAUGUGUUCCAAUUGUUUGCAGGUUGAGGCAAGAAAACAUGCAAAUAAACUUCCCAAACCUCCUAA